ACAAGGUGUAUUAUGGGCAAUGUGGUAGUGGCGGUACGUAAACAAAUUUUUUUCCGCCUCGAAGUCCACGGGUGUCCAAGAUUUCUGAUUCAAGAUGGCGGACGAUUCGCUGCAUUCCUCUGUGCGUGAGCCGCUUACUGUCGAAACCACUACCUGUAGGCCAACAUGCAGACGCCCAGUCAACGGCACCCAGAUAAAAUUCACAUUUGUUAGUUUGGUUUUUCAGUUUAGCCUUAUUGUAAUGUUUAUGGUGCUAGUCGACUAUGGUGAACAAUCCCUUCCAUCUCCAAUCGGCCAGCGCCCGAUGGCUAAAAGCGACAAAAGUGCAGGAAACAGAGACGAAAACGAACGGGCCUUCAAUGACAUAUCGAUCUAUUAUCCAAGUAAGUGUCUCAGAUCAUGUCAGGCAGUGUUUUUAUUUCAAGUAUGUUUCGGUGCUGCAGACCCUGACUCCAUUUACCCUGGCUCCGACCAGCGGUCCGUUCUCAAAAUACCUAGGAUCGGAUAGUCCUUGCUCUAAAACGUUUUCGCUGCUUGCGACCCAUCAGAAAUUAGGAAAGAAUAGAAAACCUCCGCCACGAGGGUAAGCUGAAAACCUCUAGCUGUUAUCCAGUUAUAUUGUUAAGUACAAAAACAUAACUAAAUCGAUAAUUGUGUCUUGAACUUGUAUGAACAUCGCACUGCAGUGAAAAAAGAGCCAGAAAAAAACGAAUUAAAUCGGCAAUUGCCGAGGCUGUGUACGCCAAUCACCAGCACGACUGCUUAAGCCUUAAUAUUUUGAAGUUAUCAAAUUAAUUUAUACAAGUCCAACGACGCUACUCAGGUUGUUGUUCUACUGUAGUUCCACAAGACUGAUUACCACACUUCAGUAAUUUUGGGAAGAAAUGGGAAACAGACAUGGAAGUUUAAUCAUUAAAAAGCUCAAAAUGAGAAACAGGAAAUACAAUUAACUGGAAGAAAACUAAAUAAAAUAAAGCGUUGAAGUCGUUUAAGUGUUUAGGUAGCCACGUGGAUCGAGGUGUUCAUAUGUCUUGAACGACAUUCAUGAUGAAAAUUCUGGCGACCUGAUUGGUUGAAAAGUUCAUUUCCAUAAAGUCAUCACUCCAUCAACACGCCACGCAACAUACAUGUCUGAAAUUUGGAUUAUCGAUCCUUUGACUGAAUAGGCAUGUCAAUCAGAAUUUUUUCGAAGUUUGCUGGUUAAUUCAUAAGGAAGACAAUAUAUUGUAAUUUUUAAUCAGAAACUACCCAAAGAAACAUAUAGUACAGCAGCAAAAUCACUAACAUGCGCACUCAAGUUGGUCAUGUGGCACGCCGUCGUUGGAAAAUCGACAAAUAAACCUACUUGCCAAAACGUUAAUUUACAAAUGUAGUAAAACUUCCAACCUUAAGAAAAAUUGGAAUUUUUAAGGUUAAGAGACUUAGUAGACAGACCGGUCAAGGCCGGGGUCGAAAACACAUCAACGUCCUUACGAACAGGGGACACACAGGCAACUGCACACAAACGAGGGGUUGGAUGAGGCGGGGGGUGUAACCAUCUACCGAAUCAAUUUUCCACUUGUUACAUCAUCCAGCAAUUCUACCACAGAAACGAACAAAUCCUUCUUAAAAAAAGUUCUUUACUACCACCAGUUUUUGGUUUCCUCAAUUUGUAUUUUCAUUCAACUUAUAUUACAUUCAUUUCUAGAUUUACUGUGUUGGUUCAUUCUUGAAAACGUACAAUUUUCGUGCAAGCUGAAUUCAGUCACAAGGAAAACGUUGCAAUGGUCGUUUUUUCAAGAAAAAUAAAUAAAUAAAAUAAGAGGAACAUUUCUGAAUUUGCCCUUUAACGUCAGUACUUUUGGCAUCUCCAUCAGACGAUUUCCUUUCUUUUCGCGCCAUUUUUCCUGCAGUUGUGCGUAACUAUAUCUAUGGUCUCCUCUGUUAGGUCUGUUAGCAAUGCAAUAGCUUUUACGACAUAACAUCUUCGGGAGAGGUAAUAAAGUUAUUGUAUUGUAUUGUUAUGUAUUGUAUUUACAGUUCCUUUGUAGUCUAUACAAAGGUUGAAUGUCAAACAAGCAUAGCUCACGUCUUUGAUGUCGAAUUUCGUUUCCCAAGCCAUUAAAAAAGGGCGAAAAAUACUUUCCUGACCUCCUCAAAUAAACAACUAUUCCGUUUCGUGGAAAUAUAUUACACUCUUUGAUUUCUUUCGAGUUAUUGCGAAUGAAUAUUUUUCCGCAUUAAGUUUUACCUUUAGUUUAUUUUGCAUCACCCACUGGGUUAACUUUUUCAAGAGAUCUUUUGAUUCUUAUAAAGUGAUAAAAGAAAGAGCUAAACAUAUACAGUACGUUUUUUAAAUAUAUUUUAUUUAUUUAUGUAUUUUUUUAAAAAAAUUUUAUCAUGAUUUACUAUACCAUUUGCCACUACAUUUUUCUGUUGAGUACUAUGACUAGUAUUGCUUUAGGUUAGUUAUCAUUUAAUUCUUUGUGCUCUAAACAAUAGUGUCUGAAAGUUCGGAGUUCAAACAAACGAAGGUCUUGCAUUUAUUGGGCAAUCAAGACAAGUAGAAUAGAAAUUGGAAAUCUCGUUGAAUCCAUUCAAAUUAUGCAAUCUGGACUAAAUUCAAUGAACGAAUUGAAUUGAAUUAAAUUUGUACAUUGCGUAAGUACAGAAUCCCCUAUUUGGCACCUCAAGGGCUCUUGUGUAGCAUGUAGACUGCCUGCAUUCCACCUUUCUCUUAAAAUCCGUCCACUUUUUAUCCGAGCCAGCACGAUUGCAAACGACGACGUUAUACAAUGAGAGAUUAGGACGAGACGAGACGCCCUCGUUUAUCGCGGCUCGCGUGCAUGGAUUAUCCGUGGAGUAACUUCGUUACGAAAUAUGAUGCAUUUACAAUAGACCCAAACAGCUCUAAGCAGCGUUGCUUUGAACAAUAGCACAGACGUUAACCAUAUUAACAAAGCUAAUGACAGAUGUCUAGCCAAUAGCAAUUCGUUUCAAACAUGCCGAUCCAUAAAUAAAUACAAGGUCGGUGAACAGAAAACUAGCCAUUGCUAAAACCCACCAGCCAAGUCGUCGAAGCUACUGUGGCCAUUUUCUAUCUGGGUGUAACCAAAAAUAUUCGACUUUGAGCUAUGAAGUUUUGUAUAGUCGCAGCUUUAUUUCAAAUCUUGAUAAUCAUCCUCUACGGCGCAUUGGUGGAGUAUGGUGAUCAUGCUUUGCCCCCUCAUAAGCGUAAAGGGGCUAAUCAAAACGCAUCAGCGUCUAAUCCCAGCUUGGAAGUCAACGAUGUGACAGUUUAUUACCCGAGUAAGUAGCUUAUCGCUUAAUAAUAUUUUUCAUUUUCGUUAAACUUUGUUUUUGCAAUUGCAGUAUUGAAUUGUAUAUAUCACAUGAGCGGAAGAAUAUUACCUCCUUUAUUUGAACUUUGAUAAAGGUCCUUGAAAUAAACUUUAGGACAAAUUAGCUUAGCUUACAGAUCUCUUACAAGCCUAUGUAGCUAUGUCAAAUUACUUCUAUGAGCAAAUCAAUUCUAUGAGCAGUUAGCAAACUUCCUCUAAGAAAAACAACAUAUUUCGCUUGCCCGUGUUGUUUUUUCUUAAGGAUUAAAAGCUCGUAAAAGUGCUCAGAAACUAAGUCAAAGGUCAAACAACCUGUGGCGAGUUGAAAUACUUGCCUUAUCCGACUUCUUGAGUCAUAAGGGUUUCUGAUGGAUUAUUGCGUGCCAUUACACAAAUUGUGGUCUCACGCUAUUCAUCACUCUCUGUGAAAGUAUAAGCGAAGACGAUAGGAGAAGUUCAACUCGAGCAGAAAGAGUCAGGAAAGAGUGACUCAAUUGACCAAGAUGGAAAAGCCAGUGAACCAUUACAUACUCGAACCACAACUAAACCGAUUAUUUUGCUAACAUAACUUAGUGGCGAAAUUCCUCGUUUAGUUGAUAUCGAUACCCGUGAUACCCGCAAUGUUAACAAUUUGUUUAUUUAUUUAAUUUUUCGCUUAAGAAUGACGCGUUUAUUUUGAGUAAGUGAAAAAGAAAGUAUUCUUAAUUAAUUGCAGCGAAUUAACAUACAAACUUAACGAAAUGGGAACGGUCGGAGGUGUGUCUCUGAAGGGCCUGUACAAGUGUGCUCGAGAGUCCGGGCUGGCUUUUGAUGNUUGCUAAAACCCACCAGCCAAGUCGUCGAAGCUACUGUGGCCAUUUUCUAUCUGGGUGUAACCAAAAAUACUCGACUUUGAGCUAUGAAGUUUUGUAUAGUCGCAGCUUUAUUUCAAAUCUUGAUAAUCAUCCUCUACGGCGCAUUGGUGGAGUAUGGUGAUCAUGCUUUGCCCCCUCAUAAACGCAAAGGGGCUAAUCAAAACGCAUCAGCGUCUAAUCCCAGCUUGGAAGUCAACGAUGUGACGGUUUAUUACCCGAGUAAGUAGCUUAUCGCUUAAUAGUAUUUUUCACUUUCGUUAAACUUUGUUGUUGCAAAAGCAGUAUUGAAUUGUAUAUAUCACAUGAGCAGAAGAAUACCUCCUUUUUUUGAACUUUGAUAAAGGUCCUUGAAAUAAACUUUAGGACAAAUUAGCUUAGCUUACAGAUCUCUUGCAAGCCUAUGUGGUUAUGUCAAAUUACUUUCAAUUCUAUGAGCAGUUAGCAAACUUCCUCUAAGAAAAACAACAUAUUUCGCUUGCCCGUGCUGUUUACUCUUAAGGAUUAAAAGCUCGGAAAAAUGCUCGGAAACUAAGUCAAAGGUCAAACAACCUGUGGCGAGUUGAAAUACUUGCCUUAUCCGACUUCUUGAGUCACUCCCGCUAUUCAUCGCGCUCUCUUUGAAAGUAUAAGCGAAGACGAUAGGAGACGUUCAGCUCAAGCAGAAAGAGUCAGGAAAGUGUGACUCAACUGACCAAGAUGGAAAUACAUACUCGAACCACGACUAAACCGCUUAUUUUGCUCACAACUUGAUCUAGUGGCGAAAUUCCUCGUUUAGUUGAUAUCGAUACUCGUGAUACCUGCAAUGUUAACAACUUAUUUAUUUAUUUAUUUCUCGCUUAAGAAUGAUGCGUUAAUUUUGAUUUAGUGAAAAAGAAAGUAUUCUUAAUUAAUUGCAGCGAAUUAACAUACAAACUUAACGAAAUGGGAACGGUCGGAGGUGUGUCUCUGAAGGGCCUGUACAAGUGUGCUCGAGAGUCCGGGCUGGCUUUUGAUGACAGAUCCAGCCCGGUUUGUGGUUUGUAUGAGAAAAUUCAUCCCAUGUUAGCCAGAAUAAAGUUGAUUACGUGAUAGUGUGCACGAUAGUAUAUAGAAAACACUUUCUUUUCUUGCAGUUAUAAAAUUUUCUAAUAUUCGAUAUCCAGAAACAAUUUUUCGCCACUUUCUUUCAACAUAGUUGUACGUUGUCCGGAUAAACCACUCCGCAAGUUCGCCUUUUUCUCCUCGUUGGUGCCUUCUCGUAAAAAUACACCAAAAAUCUGCAAAACAAAUCAAACACAUUUAGCCCUUUGUAAUCUUAAUCAAAUCUAGUAUUCUUCUCAGGAUGUGGUUAAUUUAAAAAAUUCUUUAUCGCCAGUAGGGAUAGUUCAGAAGGCAAUGACACGCAACAAUUGAUAGAAUUCUUUUUCCUUUAAAAGGGCAGUAUGGUGGGAGUUUGAAGACGUAUUCUGCAUUUUGAAAUCAAUAGCCCGCGACCAUUGUUAUAUGCCUUGUUUAUAUGCACUAAUUUCGCAAUGAAUAUGAAAUAGCGGUCUUUUGUUGUUAAAGAAAGAAAUAUUAUCAGGGGCGCUGGCGGAAUUUAAAAAAUCAAGCUUGGUAGGGUCACAUUCCACUCUUCUUCUUGAUGACAGUUACGCCACUUGAAUGGUCUUCCUUCACACUACACCGUGUUUACAGGGCUUCGAACUCACUGGCAUUGGAUUGCCAACACUUUGAAUUAAACAAUUACCUUCGAGCUCGUUUUUGACUGACCUACGAACGUAGAAAGUCAGUUUCCUUUUUUGUAGAACUGGCUCUGAUUGGCCGAUUAAUUUGAAGUGACCCGGUUGAGAUUCUUGCAUUGUUUUUCUUUUGUUUUGUGUAGUUUUGUUUUUACGUUUUUUUUAAAAUAUUUUUCGAAGCAUUGCAAGCGGUUGAAAAGGCAUCCUUAUAAGCAAUUCAUAACUAUGAUUUAAGCUAACAGCGGUCCCUUUCUGGUCCGAGCAAGAUUGUACUGUUCCCUUUUCGGACAACUUCGUUAACACGACCAGAUAUAAAGGUUCGUGGCCUAUACCUGUUUUUUUUUUUUAUGAACGCGGUUUUACUGGGACAGUGGGCGGUCGUAGAUUAAUGCGGUGGCCAAUUCCUCAUGGCUGGAUUUGGCUGAAUUCCGCGACAUGGCUCAUUAAAUUUUUCUUUGUUCUUCCAGUGUUCCAAGAUGUCCAUGUUAUGAUCUAUAUCGGUUUCGGAUUUCUGAUGACCUUCCUAAAGAAGUAUGGCUAUGGAGCUGUUGGGUACAACUUCUUUAUCGCUGCUCUUAUUACACAGUGGGGAACCAUUAUAUCAGGCUGCUUCAAUCAGAUUUACGCCGAGGGACACAGCCAUAUUGAACUUAGCAUUCAAUCGUGAGUAUCUUUAUUUUGGUUUUUCGCAUCCUUCAACUACUCGAAAGUGUUGCAGCGUGUCUGGCUUUUAGCCUGGUUUCAUUUUGUUUUGUUUUUGUUUGUUUGUUUGUUUUCAGUAAGUGACAUCAGGGGCACCCAACGAGAAUAUACUUCAAAACCACUUAAACAUAGCAUUGUUAAACGUAUUAUAGUAUUUAAAAAGUAGAUACAGUGAUCUGAAAAUUACAGGGAUCAAGACUUACCUUUCCGAAAAUUUCAGCCAGAAAAAAGGCUCCCGAAAAUUCUAGGUGACCUUUUUAGGGUAAAUCCGUUAAAAAUGGGCAAUUAUCCGAGUAAUCCUAACAUACAGGGCCGGGUUGUUCAAAGCUGGGUUGAGAUAACCCAGGGUUAGUGCGAAAUUUGAAUUCAGAUAUGAAGGCUUAAAAAGUAAAUUUAGUUUAAUUUUUUUUGUCAACAAGUUGAUGAUUGGAUGCUCUUAAUAUAACAGACCAAAAUACCCGAGAAAAUACUUUUGAACAAAAGAAAAAGAAACCUGGGUUUAAUUUAACCCUGGGUUGAGCACUAAUCGGCCUUCGAACAACUGGGCUCACAAGUCGAACCUAUGACCGUCUCUGGUUACUAGUCCAGAGGCGCUACCACUAAGCUAUACAGGAAACUCGUAGGAGCAAAGACACUAAACUAGGUCGAUGUGGAAUCCUGCAUUCUGCCAUAUUGGGCUCGAUUACCAGCCGCUGUUCGAGAAAUGAGUCCUCGUUCCUCCCCCGAACAGGCUCUUCAAAUCCAGCCUAUGCUAGGACUGAAAUGUCGAUAUGCGUGUAUUCUCAAAGAUAGUUGUUGAUGGUGAUUUUUAAGUCUAGUGAGGAAUUUGUUUUACUCAUUGAUAAUAGAGACCUUUAGUUUUGUGGGUGAAACAUGUUGGACGAAGGCUUACCAGAACAUGACCAUAUUACGGUGAAUACCACAAUAUAUUGUGUAACAAUUAAAAGGAACAGAUAGAUAACCGAAAGUUUAUUCAUCAGCCGACGACAAUCGUGUUACAUAAACUAUCGUGUAAGCCGUGAAAAAAGUACUCAGCCGACUGCAAAUAAAAGAUCAUCGAUGAAAACAACAAUUUUUGUUUUGCAACACAGAUUAUCAGUAAAAUAACUGAUAGCUCGCUCAACAGAACAGUGUUACUUUUUAAUAACUCACCAAUCUUAAUCGGAGCCCUCGGAACAAAAGACCUCGAGAAGCCGCCCCCACCCUCUCGGAAAUCGCCUCCUUUUGGACCCCCUCCCACUCCCUUCUGAAUUUCCGUUGACCUCCGUGGGGGAGGGAGUAGGGAUUUUUUCUGGAACUACACGUUAUAAAGAAAGAGUAGCCUGCGAAUACAGCUAUUUCUCCUUAUUCCUCGCUGCUUGGGUUUGUUCUCCAGGAGUAACGCCGUCCCUCCAGUCAAAACGUCCCUAUAGCGGCAAGGAGCAAGGAGCAAGGAGCGACGGCUGUACACGGCGACGACAACGGCAACGAGAACGGCUGUACACGGCGACGGCAACGGCAACGAGAACGGCAAAAAAGCAAUUGGUUUAAUUAGUAAAACAACAACUGCACUUUUUUGUACAUUUCUUUGACGUCACUGCACGACUACGACGUGAAAAUGCCUAAUUUCACCUUUUAUGGGCCUUCAAUGAAAGACGUAGACAAGCGACGAAGAAUUUUUCUUUCUCAGUCUUUCUAAACUUGAGUGCGGUCCCCAAGAAAUCAACUCCAGGGAAAUAGACCAACAUUUGACAUUUUCGGUGAAUUGGAAUUAACGCGACAAGGCUUUAAAACAAAGCGAAUUCAUUGGCGUUUUUUGCUGCCUUCACCGUCGUCGAUGCUAAAACUCCUUAUCUCGGUAAAAACCGUAUUAGAAUGACGAUGACGGCAAUUGUGUUUUUCCGCCAAAAUUGCGCUGGCUGGCUCACGCGCGCGAACUACUUAGUGCUGAGCAAAUCUCGUUCUUAUUGUCGUCCUCGUCUUAGAAUCUAAAGGUCUCUAACAUUUCCUGUUUCUUGCAGUUUGGUCACCGCAGAAUUUGCCGCCGCUACAGUUCUGAUCACCUAUGGAGCUGUUUUGGGAAAAGUUAGCCGUCUACAAUUGUUAGUCAUCGGUGUGCUCGAGAUUAUCUUCUACGCCAUCAACGAAUUAAUUGCUGUCGAGUUUCUGAAGUUUUCCGACGCUGGUGGUUCCAUUAUUAUCCACGCUUUUGGGGCUUAUUUCGGACUGGCUUUGUCUCGAACUCUUUAUACCAAGAAAGCUUUGGACAGUCCUAAAGAGGGAUCAAACUACCAUUCCGAUUUGUUUGCCAUGAUUGGUGAGUUCUUGAUCACANUUGCACUUUUUUGUACAUUUCUUUGACGUCACUGCACGACUACGACGUGAAAAUGCCUAAUUUCACCUUUUAUGGGCCUUCAAUGAAAGACGUAGACAAGCGACGAAGAAUUUUUCUUUCUCAGUCUUUCUAAACUUGAGUGCGGUCCCCAAGAAAUCAACUCCAGGGAAAUAGACCAACAUUUGACAUUUUCGGUGAAUUGGAAUUAACGCGACAAGGCUUUAAAACAAAGCGAAUUCAUUGGCGUUUUUUGCUGCCUUCACCGUCGUCGAUGCUAAAACUCCUUGUCUCGGUAAAAACCGUAUUAGAAUGACGAUGACGGCAAUUGUGUUUUUCCGCCAAAAUUGCGCUGGCUGGCUCACGCGCGCGAACUACUUAGUGCUGAGCAAAUCUCGUUCUUAUUGUCGUCCUCGUCUUAGAAUCUAAAGGUCUCUAACAUUUCCUGUUUCUUGCAGUUUGGUCACCGCAGAAUUUGCCGCCGCUACAGUUCUGAUCACCUAUGGAGCUGUUUUGGGAAAAGUUAGCCGUCUACAAUUGUUAGUCAUCGGUGUGCUCGAGAUUAUCUUCUACGCCAUCAACGAAUUAAUUGCUGUCGAGUUUCUGAAGUUUUCCGACGCUGGUGGUUCCAUUAUUAUCCACGCUUUUGGGGCUUAUUUCGGACUGGCUUUGUCUCGAACUCUUUAUACCAAGAAAGCUUUGGACAGUCCUAAAGAGGGAUCAAACUACCAUUCCGAUUUGUUUGCCAUGAUUGGUGAGUUCUUGAUCACAAAUUUUUGAUCCUUAUUCAGAAGGAAAGCCUUAAUCCGAUAAUUAACAAGGAGCAAUUUUGUUACAUGCGUGAACUGAUAAAAAAAGGGGUUAUAGAAAAGGAGCAUGAAAAGAAUCAAUGUAAAGAAAGUUUAUCUUCGUUUUGCGUACAUCCACCAUAGCAUUUUGUCCAUAAGCCGAAAAGUUGGAACAGCGUAAAAACAUUCACCAGUUUCAGUAAAGAUCAAAGUUGAUCGUCAUGUCUUUGAGCUUAUAAGCUUUUCACUAUCCUUACUACCCUUGCUAUUUGACAAGUGCGCAUGCAUUCUUAGUCCAUAUGAUAGAUCAGACGUGUCUACUGAAGAACGACAUUUUUUACGUUAACAAACGUACCUACCUACAUUGUUUGCGAGUAAACGAAAACAGUAAAUGUAUGCAUUUAAGUUUGGCCCCAGUCAAUGCGUAUCAUUCUAGGCACUGCGCACACAAUCUGUAUCUGCGCUUUGGUCAGAAUAACCACUCCCCCUAAGCUUAUAAGGCUACGGUUGAUUUAUAUAUACUGGUAUAGCUGGCCGGAGAUCAGCGUGGGUUUGUAGUUUUUGGCGGGGAGAUUAUGCGCGAAGCUAGAAGCGAAGCCGCGUGGAAAAAACUCCGUCAUCAUUCUUCUCGCGGCUUACUCGUCAAAUUAAACCCUUGAAUGAAGAAAUAGCGCGCGAUAAAUCCCGCUAGCUACGCAGGCAAGCUGAUUUCUAAUCACUCUCUGGGGAACUGUACUUCUGCGGGUAUAUAUUGAUGUGUCUUUGCCAACAGGUACCGUUUUCCUCUGGAUGUACUGGCCCAGCUUUAAUGCGGCCCUUGUUGCUCCUGAUUAUGUUGCCCAGCAUCGAUCUGUUAUCAACACCUACUUUUCACUGGCUGCCGCUUGCGUCACGACUUUCGCUCUCUCACCAGUCUUUCAGCGAGAAGGUGGCAAGUGGAGAUUGAGUAUGGUGAGAACAUUACUAACUUUCCGUUUUUAUUUUAUGGGGGGGGGGGGGUGGGGGUAAGGUUAGGGUUAGAGGGGCAAGAAUGGUACAGUAGAGAGAGCACAGGCUAACCUGUCUUAUUGCCAAGAAUGUCGCUACUCGAAUGCAAAAUUCAAGAAUUAGCAAAAAUGUUUAGAGACACUUAACAGAUGGGAAAACCAUGUGCAAGAAGGAAACUACAGAAAUACAUGAGGAUUUACUGUAAUUUUCAGCCAUGGAAUAUGAUUCAGAGACUUGCAAGUUGCACUGAAAUGCAUUUAAAAAAGAAGGUAUUAGCUAAUUGUUCGAUUAUGUUUUUCAAAGGUCCACGUGCAAAAUGCGACCCUCGCCGGAGGCGUUGCCAUCGGAACCGCAUCUAACAUGUCAAUCAGCCCUUGGGGAGCUCUUCUGAUUGGCUGCUGUGCCGGCGCACUGAGCACCGUGGGAUACGCCUAUGUAACUGUAAGUAAACAAGGUCUUUCUCCAAAGAACGUGUUUGAUAACUACAAACCACACUGGUUGCCUUUCUAGCCACCAUGGCCACGAACUUAAGUGUUAUCCAUUAAGUGACUCUUCCGUAACGGAUACAUUGCCUGUAUUGUUGUACAACUCACCCCGUGGACCGGCCAUUUUAAGACUUCAAACGGUGUAUUAGAAUUUGUGGGGUGGCACGCCACCGAGCGCCAAUGCCGCGAAAGGCUAGAAGUAAGGGUGCCUCUUCUAUUUGCGCCCUUAAUCAUUUGCGUAGCCAUUAUUUUUCCUCUUGCCCGUUUUGCUCCAUCGUAUUCUUUAAAGUUUUAUCUGCAGUGGUUCGACUUAAAAGUAUGCAAAAUUUAUGAUUCAUUUCUCAGCCAUUCCUGACGAAGUACACCAAGACCCAUGACACCUGUGGUGUGAACAACUUGCACGGAAUGCCGGGAAUCCUCGGUGCCAUCGCGGGCGCAAUAGCCGCUGCAAAUGCAAACGCUGACAAAUACGGAUAUGAUGGGUAAGAUGAUGCUUGUUUUUAUGCUAAUACUGUGUUCCAUUGGAUAGUUAGAGAAUAUCCCUUUCAAGGUUGUUGUUGUUAUAAUUAUUAUUAUUAUUGUUAUUAUUAUAAUUUUUUUUUCAACUUUUGAUAAAGAAAAGUAAGCGAAUAUCCAUCGAUACUGCCGGAAAGUCAAGGAGGGUAUUAGAAUAAUGUAGCUUACCAAGUUUAAGGCGAUUUGUCCAAAGAGAGCAAAGAUGUUGCUUCCCAAAGUCGCGAAGUUUUACAGACGCCUAGUAUGGUGGCGGGGCGGGGCAGGGCGGGGGGACGCACGAACUUGUGCUCCACCUUACAAAUGUCUGUAAAAUUCUGCCACUUUGUGGAACUAUAUGUUCGUUAGUUUUCAACAAAAAGUUUUCGAACUUGGCAACUUUACUGGUUUUAAGGCGUUCUUACCAGCUGGUCGCACUCAUAAGCUGAAAAAGACUAUGGAGAAGGGUCUAUUGGAAAUACAGUCAACUCCCUCUAAGACGGACACCUUUGGGACCGGCAGUAAGUGUCCGUCUUAGAGAGAUGUCCGUCUUAUAGAGAGUCAAAUAAAGGGAGUAAAGAAACGCAGGGACCAACUCUAGGUGUCCGCCUUAUAGAGGUGUCUGUUAAGAGAGAGUCGACUGUAACCAUUCUUCCGAAUUAGACAAACUAAAGUUUGACCAAACUGGAUUCCACUCAGCCCUUUCACCAUUAUUAAUUGGAUGUUGUUGUGUUGACAAUUUUCAGCAUGUACAAUAUUUGGCCUGGGAUGGCUCCUGAGAAGAAUUCAACAGAGCAUCUUAAGCUGAUGAACUUGGGUGUGACUGUCAGUGGAGACGGUCGAUCUGCAAAGGCCCAGGCUGGUUACCAGAUCGCUGGUCUCGCGGUCGCUCUUGGCAUCGCUGUCAUCGGUGGAAUCGUGACUGGUAAAAUCUUUGUUGUAGUACAGUCAAACCUGUAA